GUGUGUGUGUGUGUGUGUGUGUUUGAGAAAUGCUAAGAGCCUUUAGAAUUUAGAAGAAAACUUACAGAUUAUAACCUAGUGACAGAGCAAGGGAAGGGAAUCUUAUCUGAACCAAGAAGCCAGUAGACGUUCUGAGAGCCUGGGCCUCCAUCAGACACCGAGCAGACAUUGCAGACUUGAAGCAGGUGUUUCCAGAACGUUGUCCUUCAUUGUAUUUCGUAUUCCAGCACAUUCCUGAUUCCAUGACAACCAUGCAAGCCCCGGGUCAGACCACCCUGGAGGCCAGUUUUGGUGUGCAGCAGCUGGGGCAGCCUGUAGGUCUGCACUCGUACCUCUGGAAAGGGCUGACGGAGAAGUUCUUGAAGGGGGAACCUAAAAUCCUGGGCAUUGUGCAAAUUAUUAUUGCCCUUCUGAAUCUCAGCUUAGGAAUCUUAAUGAUGUGCAUCCUGAUUCCUUUUACUUGGCUCCUUCCUAUUUCAGUGUACGCAGGGUACACGGUUUGGGGAUCGGUAAUGUUUAUUAUUUCAGGAUCUCUGUCCACUGCAGCAGGAAUAAGAAUGACAAGAGGUCUAGUCCAAGGUAGUGUAGGUUUGAACAUCACCAGCAGUGUGCUCGCGGUUGCUGGGAUCAUAAUUAGUGCCAUAAGCCUGAGCAUUUUGUCAUACGGCUUCUAUUACUGUGGCUAUGAUGAGGGCUUCAACAGUUGUUUUAUCAUUCUGGGCCUGGAUGGUGUGGUACUCCUGCUAAGUGUGCUGGAAUUCUGCAUUGCCAUAUCCCUCUCUGUCUUUGGAUGCAAAGUAACCUGUUGUAACCCUGGUGGAGUUGUGCUAAUUGUGCCAUCAAACCCUCCAAGGGAAGAAAAAGCUUCUCCUGUUCUUCUUGAAGGAGGGUUGAUACCACCAAAAGGCCAAGACCAGAAUGUUUGAGGAAAUCUAUCCUGAGUAAUGCAAAGACACUUCUUGGGAAAAAAAACAGCAUUGGACUCUGAUGUGUGUUUGUGUGUGUGUGUGUGUGUGUGUGUGUACACGUGUGUUUGUGUGCAUGUGGGCAUAUACAAAUUCAGAGACCAUGUUCUCAUUUCUUCCCUAGAAAGUUGACAACAUAUUCUACUCAUUCUACUGGAUUUGUGUCAUAGUAUCAGAAUCUGAACAAAUAAAUCAUGCGUGUAAUGGGUUACA